AUGGCGACAAGUAGAGUUCAGAGGGAUAAACAUGUCACAGGGUCAGACACGGUGGGUCUAUAUAGAGCGUCGGCGUUUUCAUUCGUUUGUCUGUGGAGAAUAGUGAGCAGAAACAUCAUGUCGUCCAUAACCAAGCAGCUGUCUUCCAUCAGCUGUAAAGGCAGGAAGGUGACCGCCCCCUCCACUGAGAUCAGACUGACUUUGCUGGGGAAGACGGGCAGCGGGAAAAGCUCCACCGCCAACACCAUCUUGGGCCGCAAGGUCUUCGACUUGAAGGUCAGCAGCUCCUCGGUCACCCAGCGCUGCCGCAGGGCCUGCGGGGAAUUUCGUGGCCGACAACUGACGCUCCUAGACACUCCCGGUCAGCUGGACACUCGCCAGGCUCCGCAAGAGGUGCAGAGGGAGCUGAGGAGGAGCGUCAGCCUCCUCUACCCGGGGCCGCACGCUUUCCUCCUCGUCAUCCAGAUUGGGAGGUUCACGAAGGAGGAGAGGGAAGCCGUGCGGCAGAUCAAACAGGCCAUGGGCUCCCACGCGUUGAGCUUUUCCGUGGUGGUCUUCACCCACGGGGACCGCUUGGACGAGGGCCUGACCGUGAAGCAGUGUCUGAUAGACGAGUGCAAGGAUCUCGCUGAGCUCGUGGACGGAUGCGGGGGCAGAUACUGCGUCUUCAACAACCAGAGCUCCAAGAACAAGGAGCAAGUAUCCGAGCUCCUCGGCGUGGUGGAUCGCAUGAUGCAAAGCAACGGAGAAAGCUACUACACCAGCAAAAUGCUCCUGAAAGCGGAGGAGGACCUGGCUCGGGAGGCGCAGGAGGAGCAGAGGCUGCAGGACAAGAGGGAGGAACGGCUCAAAAAGCAGCAGGAGGAAGUGAUAAAGAAGUGGUAUGAAAGAGAGCUGGAGGCAGUGCAGCAAAACAGCAAGAGGGAGAUUGAGGAGCAGAGGAGGAAACAAGAGCUGGAGAGGGAGGAAGAGGAGAAACUGGCAAAGGAUCGGGAAGAGGCGUUCAAGCGAGAGAUUGUGCAGAUUGAGAGGAAGGAGAAGGAGAGGAAGAUAGAGGAGAUGGUGAGACUGAUGGAGAUACGCAGAGAGGAGGAGGAGAAGAGGGAAGCUCUUCAGGAAAGGCUCGACAGAGUUACUAAAAUGCUGCAGGAGGAGGUUGAGCAGGAGCAGAAAAUGAGAAAAUCAGCGGAAGAGAAGAUCCAAAAGGAAAAAGAGGAGAAUGAGAAGAAGGAAAGACAGAGGGAGCUUCAGCUCAAAGAGAAGGAGCAGGCCAUCAGGCAGAGGGAGGAGUUGAAGAGAGACGCUCUGCAGAAGGAGCUGGACAAACUCGUCCAGAGUCUGGAGGAGCAGGGCAGGAAGGAGGAGGAGAGGAAAAAGCAACUCGAGGCCGUGCUCCGGCGAGAGCGGGAGGAGUGUCAGAGGGAGCGGGACAUACAGAUGGAAAACCAGAGAGCGGAGCAACGGAGGGCCGAGGCCCUCAGGCAGGAGCUGAGGCUCUUGAAAGUGAAGAUGGAGCAACAGAAAGCGAGCGGAGAGAAGCUCCAGAGACAGCUGGAGGACAACCUGCUAAGGGAGAGGGGAAGGUGUGACCUGGAAGUCUCAGCGUUGAGAAAGCAAUGUGACAGGAAGGCCUCCGAGAAGAAGAAACGCAGCACGGUGACAGAUGUGGCCGGAUACGCGCAGGAGAUGGGACUGAUGGGCCUGAACACAGCUUUGGAGAGCGUCGGAGCUCCCUGCUGCAUACAGUAACAGCACAAACAUUUGGGAUUAUAAACGCGUCUUUUUUUUUUUUUUUUUUUUCCAGCUGUUUGCAGUGUAUCAUUGGGGAAUGAAACUUAAUCUGUUGUGACUUUUAAACUGUGAUUAUUUGAUUUAAGCAUGUCCACUCAGUUAGGAAAAGAACAUGAAUGGAUGCCCACGUGAAAGCAUUUCAUCUCAACAACUGGAUGUAAUUCCUAUGUGUGUGUGUGUGUGUGUGUCCUAAAUCAGCAAAGGUAUAAAAAUAGUACAAAGUCUCAAAAAAUGAUGAAGAUAAUCUGAUUAUCAGCUCCCCGCCCUCUGAUUUUGUGCUGCUGUGUCUGGCUCCAUCAUCUAAAUCUGUAUUCACACACACAAAAAAAAAUCCAGUUGCCAUUAAUAAAGAGCUAAUAUCGCUUGCAUGCUAUUUCAGUUUUCCUUCCCGAUGCUGUGACUUCAGCUUUGCCACCUGGUUCUGUCCCCCCCUCCAAAAUGUCUCCAGUGUGGCCUGUGAGAGUGUGUGAGGGGGGAAGACGGGGGGAAGAGGGGGACAUUAAAUUUAGAUUGCUCUGUCACGGCUGUAUAUUGUCUGGACAACGCUGCCUAAAGGUAGCAGGCAGAGGAGCAGCAGCGAUGCAGACCAAAACAAUGAGGGAAUAACCUACUUUGGCAGCUUUGUUGGUGAGCGUGAGAUGAGAUUAAUAUCUCUCAGACUUAACAUAAAGCUGCAGCCCGGAACCAGUUAGCUUAACAUUUAGCUUUCAAAAUACAAAAACAGUCACGCUUCAAUUUCACAGUAGUGCCUCAUGUUAUGUUUUUUUUUUUUUAAAUCUGCUUACAAUUUG